GCUGCCAUGUCUUCCUCCUUAUGCCAUCAUCCUUGGUUCGGAGAACAUGCCACAAUGUCCCCGACUCUAGCAGUCGCGCAGAGCUCGCCAUCGGGCGACUUCUGGAGCCAUAUUGGACAGCAAGGGAUCGCGCGCCUUUCGCCACAACAUGCAUUCCAGCCCGUGGGAGUAUUUCGACUGGUUGUAUGUCCACCCGAUCGAAAUUUGACGAAUUGUCUCGUGGCAAGCACGCUUCUCCUGGAUUUCUCGGGUUUCUCUGGGUUUCUCUUGCCUUCCCUCUGCCCGCUAGUGUUGGAUUUGGCGCCAACGCGGUCGCUGCAGCUGCCAAAUACGGGAAGGCGGUGGGCGUCCUAAAAAAACAACAACAAAAAAUACAAACGUAAACAAGCAGACAGCACAGCGCUCAGCUGA